ACAGAGACAGAGCGGUAGGGACCUCUCUUCUAGUUUCUGGAGUAAUCUGGAAAAACCGCGGGCAUAAAUAUCGCUACUGCGAACUUAACUUCCAUUACCCUUGCGUUCACUUUUCACGCCAAAAUCCCCUAAUUUCAAUUCGAUCGUCUCUCUUCUUCUUCGCUGAAUUUGCGCCAAUAAUGGAGCCCAACUUCCACCCGAGGAUGAAAAGGAAAGACUUCGAAGAUGUUGACGACGAUGUCUCCGACUUCAUCUUCUCUUCCCCCGCCACAAAAAUCCGUAGGCUGGAUGCUGAAUUGCCGCCGAUGGUGAUAGUUGAGGAGGAACCUGAGGUAACCGCCUCGGCUUUCGAUCAAUCGCAGCGCCUGCCGGAACAGAGCUGCAACGAAUCAGGUGGUUUGAAAAUUGAAGAGUUGCCGAAUUUGGGGGAGAACGAGGAGAGGGCUAUUGUGCUUUUCCAGCCAAGCAUUACUACACCCGUCGUGCAUUCUCCUUCCAAUUUCUCGGUCUCGCUUGAUCCUCGAUUCAUCUCGGGGUGGAAAAAUCAAGUAUUGAGGUCGAGCAUGGCAAAUUCUUGGAGACUAGAGAGUGAUGAGGCUGUGAAAGAGGAUGAUGAUAUGUCUAGCUCAGGCAACGGGUGCCAAGCCGUUGUCCCAUGGUUUCCACCACGUUUUUCAUCUGCUGAUGCAGAUAAUUCUUCUUACCCAUUUGAUGAUGGUGAAAUGAUGGAUGCUGAAGAGACGGGAGAGGCAACCAUGGAUGUUGAAGAUAGUGCAAGCAUCCAACAGAGGAGCGCUGGCUCAGUGGCAGUAAGCCAAGGUUUGCCACAAUGGCAGCACUGCACGAUCUUGCAGCCUCCUCAGAACACGACAACGCCUAUUGUAUGGUACCGAUGAUUAGCUUAGGGCACUCGGUCUUCAUGAGAGCCCCUGCUCUAGAUUUUGCAGUGUGAGGAGUGAGAUGUAGGUCUCCUCCUCUGCAGGGAGAGAGGUAUGGAUUGACUGCCACUUUUGAGCUUGGUGGGUUGUGAUUUGUGUCAUCUUGUUCAUUGAUCAAUGUAAAUGGAUUGUCCUUGCUUGAUCGCUUGGUAAAUGGAUCAAAUGGGCCUUCAAAUGA